AUGGUGAAGAUUGGAAUCAACGGAUUCGGACGUAUCGGUCGUCUGGUGACCCGAGCCGCCGCCACCGGUGGCAAAGUGGAGGUGGUGGCCAUCAACGACCCGUUCAUCGACCUGGACUACAUGGUCUACAUGUUCAAGUACGACUCCACUCACGGCGUGUGGAAGCACGGAGAGGUGAAGGCCGAGGGCGGCAAGCUGGUCGUCGGCAACAUGCACAUCACCGUCUUCCACGAGAGAGACCCCGCCAACAUCAAGUGGAGCGACGCCGGCGCCGACUACGUGGUGGAGUCCACCGGCGUGUUCACCAACAUCGAGAAGGCGUCUGCUCACCUGCAGGGCGGCGCUAAGCGGGUGGUGAUCUCCGCUCCCAGCGCUGAUGCUCCCAUGUUCGUUAUGGGCGUCAACCACGAGAAGUACGACAACUCCAUGAAGGUCGUCAGCAACGCCUCCUGCACAACCAACUGCCUGGCUCCAAUCGCCAAGGUCAUCAACGAUAACUUUGGCAUCAUCGAGGGUCUGAUGAGCACGGUCCACGCCGUCACCGCCACGCAGAAGACGGUGGACGGUCCCUCUGGGAAGCUGUGGAGGGACGGACGUGGCGCCUCCCAGAACAUCAUCCCCGCCUCCACCGGCGCCGCCAAGGCCGUGGGCAAGGUCGUCCCCGAGCUGAACGGGAAACUCACCGGGAUGGCGUUCCGUGUGCCCACCCCCAACGUGUCUGUGGUGGACCUGACUGUUCGUCUGGAGAAACCAGCAAAGUACGACGACAUCAAGAAGGUCAUCAAGGCCGCGGCCGACGGACCCAUGAAGGGAUAUCUGGGAUACACAGAGGACCAGGUCGUGUCCACAGACUUCAACGGAGACACUCGCUCCUCCAUCUUUGACGCCGGCGCCGGCAUCGCCCUCAACGAGCACUUCGUCAAACUGGUGUCAUGGUACGACAACGAGUUCGCCUACAGCCACCGUGUGUGCGACCUGAUCCUGCACAUGUCCUCCAAGGAGUGA